CCUCGAGCCAGCGCUGAGUGGAGCCUGUCUGCCAACAGCUUCAGCAGCGGCUCUAUCUGGAACCCACUACACUAACUGACAAUUAAAAGAGGCCCCUUUUUCUUCUUAUUUCCGAGGACUAUUCUUCACCAUGGGCGACAAGAAGAGCCCGACCAGGCCGAAAAGACAAGCCAAACAGACCGCCGAUGACGGGUACUGGGACUGUAGCGUCUGCACCUUCAAGAACACCGCCGAGGCUUUCAAAUGCAGCAUCUGCGAUGUGAGGAAGGGCACAUCCACAAGGAAACCCCGGAUCAACUCCCAGCUGGUCGCCCAGCAGGUGGCCCAGCAGUACCCGAUGCCGCCGCCGCCCAAGAAGGAGCGGCGAGAGAGGAGCGAGCGUGCGGACCGGGAGCGCCCGGACGGCGACCACGCCAACGGGGAGGGACGCCCGGAGGCCGAGCGCCCGAAGCCGGCGAGGCCGGAGGGAAACCCCCCCGAGGUGGAGAGGGAGAAGAGCGACGCAGAGCCGAAGCCCAUCACGGACAAACCCAACAAAGAGAGGGAAAUCGUCCCGGCCGUCACGAGGAAGCCCGGCAGCAAAAAGACCAGACCCAAAUCAGACAACCACCACCAGAGCCCGCCCAGCGACAAACACAGCAUUCAGUCUGGAAAAUCAGCAACCAAGACCAACAAGAACUCCCACAUCUCCAGGCCCAAGCUGAAGAACAUCGACCGGAGCACCGCCCAGCAGCUGGCGAUCACCGUGGGCAACGUGACGGUGAUCAUCACAGACUUUAAGGAGAAGACCCGCUCCUCCUCCACGUCCUCGUCCACCAUCACGUCCAGCGCGGGCUCCGAACAGCAGCACCAGAGCUCCGGCUCCGAGAGCAUGGACAAGGGCUCCUCGCGGGCCUCCACGCCCAAAGGGGACCUCCUCUCCGUGGGGCGCGACGAGUCCUUCUGAGGUCCCGUAGCCCCGUCUUAUGUUUGUCCUCCUCCCCUCCCCCCAACACACACACACACACACACACACGUUUCUGGACACUAUGGAUCCCAUAUGGGGAGAGAUAUCACCUUUCCCAUUGGUGCCCUGCCUCCAUUUCAUGACCUCCCCCCUCCCACACACACACACACUCACCCCCGGCUGCGGAGGGCAGUCGGUUGUCUGAGAGGAACUGUGCAGUGAGCCUGCCGGAUGGGGGGGGGGGGCCCCGCUGGGCGAACUCCCCUCGUGGAUACAACGCAUGGAGCCCCGCCCCCCCCCCCCCUCCCCCCUCAUCACCCCCACAGCCUCCCCUGCGGUAGCAUCCAGACACUUGUAUGUAUUGUUUUAUAUUUCUAUGUGGAUGUGAGGCCAAAAUCGACCUUUUUGUUUUUGUUUGUUGUCGUCGUUUUUUUCGUAAAGAAGAAUUCUUCGCCGGGCACAAUAACACCAUCAUUUCAGUAACUUUAAACUAUUAUUACCCUUAUUUAUUACCCGUUGCGCCUGUAUCCUUUGAUAUUCUCUUCUUCUUUUUUUUUUUUUACGUUGAAGCUUUGCCGUGUCGCCCCGCCGAUCCAUCAUUCGUUUUUAUGACUAAGAUGACAGGACUCGAGUCACACACACACCACACACACACACACACACCACACACACACACUGGUGCUAGAUACACUGUGAAGCGGUUUCGCAGAUCUGGGAUUGCCCGUUCACUCAAAUGUGACAGAGUGCUGACGAAUCAAAUUCUCAUUCACUUCUCUCAACAACACUGUCGUCUUCAUCGGGUCCGUCCGGGUCUGUACGGGUCACGGUUCAGACGCCUGACUUUUUCAACUAGAUCGUGUAUGAUUUAGUUUGCUAUAGCAGAUCUCUUAUACAGUAUCGUAUGUCCUUAACUGUACAGUGUAGGCCGUUGUGUAAAACACUAAAAGCUGUUGAUAUUUUCUGCAUUCCGUACUUGGAUAUUGAGGUUUUUUUUUUCUUAAUUCUUUUCUUUUCUUUUCUUCCGGCUCGAGGCGGAGCCGUCCUCUCGGCUCCGGAGCCGGAGUUUAGUGUCUGUGGCGACCGAAGGGCGGUCCCGCUUGGUAAAACCAUCCGGAACUGAAAAAUAGAGCCGUUGUGUCAAGCUGUUGUGAAUCGAUUCCAUCCCUUCUUUCUCUCGCCGCUUUAAAUCUUUAUUCUCUCAAAACCAGACGUCCCAGAAAACGGGGAGUGCAAAGAUUGACAAUUCAGUUGAUUUUUUUUUUACAAUUUUUUAUUUUGUAUUAUUUGUUAUUAAUUUAAGACUCCUGGGGGGAAAAAAAUAAUAUUGCAGUAGACGAUAGAACACAAUUGCCCUUUACAUUUUGUUUUAAACAGCAAGGCUUACUAAAGGGUUUUAAUUCACGUCCACCUUCGCUGACACUAGACCAACAUAAUUUCCUUUUAACUGUAUGAAAUUGUAUAAAGAAUAAAUGUGUAUAUCAUAUCUUAGUUUUAUUUAUUGAAGGACCAAAGGAAUUUCAUAAUGACAUGAUACAUAGACAAAUAAAUAACAAUUUGAAUUGCAAUUAUCUAAUGUGUGAGAUGAAUAACAGUUUAAAUAAAGACUAAUAUAAUCCAUGUAAACGGUGUUCUUAUUGUCCACUUGUCUCUGUGCGCGCCUCAAUCGGGGGAGGGGGGGGGGGGUGUCUGGGUAGAGGUCUGGGUCUGCUGGGCCUCAGUAAGCUCCGCCUCCUGCUCUGCUGAACUACCGUAGUGCGUGUAGCUCCCAUAACAACAGAGGCCCCCGGAGCCGCUCCCAGAGCAGCUAAAUCCAGGGUCAGGUGAGGUUAACCCCCCCCCCCCCCAUCCCCCACACAAAAGAAAACCCACCUCCACGUACCCGACCAGGAUCUGAAGGGGCGAGACUCGGUCAGUCUCACGCGUCGGGGUUCAUAAUCGUGUGUGGGUCGUAAAGCGAUGUUUAAAGUCCAAGACACAAUGCGUUCAUGAGUUAUUGUUUCUUUUUGUUAUUGUUUUUUCUUUUCUUUUUCUUCCUGCUCUUCUGAAGCUACGGUUAACAUGUCACGAUAGAAUUUGUUUUUUCUAAGCAUACAGAUAUGGAAUCGGUGUUCAAAGUGAGGAAAAGCGAUGGGAAUAGAACAAAAGAAAUGGGAAUGUGACGAGGGGGGGGAUGUUUUGUCAAUUUUUUUAAAAAACACAACAAACGAACCCUCUGUAAUGCAAUCUGUUUAGAAUUGGGCCGAAGAAGCCACCUUUUCACCUGCCUUACCUGCAACCACGCCCACCUGACCCAAGUCCUCCCACCACAACGGAUUCAUUGUUAAAUUAUUGACAAAGUGGCCAUUUGCUGAGUUUAUGAAUUAUUGCUUGUAUAUAAAAUGUUUAAAAAAAACACUAAUUGAUGGCAUCGGAGCUGAAGUCUUUUUCUUUUUUCUGUUUUUUUCUUUUCCGCACAAGCAGUUCUGUCCUUGUGUGCGACCAGUAACCUUAAUUUACUGUGUAAAGAUGGUUACAUUUUAUUUUUUUGUAUCUUUUGUUUGUCAGAGACCCAAAUAUAGAAUGUUUCCUGACUGUAUAACCUUAACCGUGAAUUAAGUGUAUUAUACAAACUCAUUUCUUGCUAUAACAAUGUUUUGUACAAUGCUUUUAAAGUUAUUGCUCGGGUUUGAAAAAGACAAAACGGACACAAAAAAAAAAAGUACAAUAAUCCAUUCUUUGUUUUAAUGCUUUUUUGGGGGUUUUUGUUCAACUUAUAGCUGAUGUGUCAUUGUUUCCCCGUGUGAAAUGGUCACAUUAUGUUCCCGGUGUGGACAAAAAAAAAGUAUGCAGAAUUUUUCAGCAGAUCGCGGCUCUACUCGUCUAAGCUUAUAAUGUUAAAAUAAUACAUGUUUCUGGCAUGUGCACGACUUUGCGCUUAUAGGCUAACCUUUUAUCAUUUAUUCUUCUCUCCGCUUCAAAUAGAAAUGUCUAUUUAUGAAUUUUGCUUGUAGUUUUUCACAAAUAAAAUGGUUAAAGUUA